AUGUCUAAAAGGCGUGUAUCCCAAUUAUUGACGCUGCGGUCUCGGCUGCCAGCUGCCCCGCGAUGCCAGGCGAGGCCCUUCACAUCCGCUGCAAGAAGCAGCAGCGCGCGUCUUACGAAUGGGGUUCUCUUGGCGGCUGCUGGAGCUGCUACAGUGUCGGUUCUGACAUGUGCUGUGGCAAACCAGAAGCCCCUAAAGCUCGACUCCCGCUCCCUCGCCGAUAAGGACGAACGCACGAAGCGCGAAGACGGCGUCACCGAAGAAUCGCCAAUGCGUCUGCGCAUGGAAGAGUUCAUUCGCGAGAAACAAAAGGAAAUCGUUUUUGCGCUAGAGCAGAUCGACGGCAAAGCCUUCCGCUUGGAUGAGUGGCAACGGCCCAACGGCGGUGGCGGGCUGUCGUGCGUCUUGCAAGACGGUAGCGUCUUUGAGAAGGCGGGCGUCAAUAUCAGUGUUGUCUACGGCACGUUGCCCAAGGCUGCAAUCGACAAAAUGCGCGUCAACCACAAGAACCUGCCUGACGAGGAGCAAUUGGACUUCUACGCCCUAGGCUUGAGUAUGGUGCUGCACCCGCAUAACCCCAUGGCGCCCACCGUGCACUUGAACUGCCGAUACUUUGAGACCAUGAAGCCAGAUGGCACAUCGCAGGCGUGGUGGUUUGGCGGCGGCAGUGACUUAACCCCAAGCUACCUGUUUGACGAGGAUGCAAUACACUUCCACAAAACAUUGAAGGACGCCUGCGACAAGCAUGACAAGGACUAUUACCCCAGAUUUAAAAAGUGGUGCGACGAAUAUUUCUGCAACAAACACCGGGGCGAGGCUCGAGGCAUCGGCGGGAUCUUCUUCGACGACCUGGAUGAGACGGUGGUAGAUGCUGAAAAUGGAUUUGCCUUUAUCAAAGAAGUCUUGAACAGCUUCUUGCCCUCUUACCUGCCCAUCAUCGAGAAGCGUAAGGAUAUGCCAUUCACACCUACGGAGAAGGAGUGGCAGCAAAUAAGGAGAGGCCGGUAUGUUGAGUUCAACUUGGUCCACGACAGAGGCACAGCUUUUGGGCUCAAUGUGCCGGGGUCGAGAGUCGAGAGCAUCCUUAUUAGCUUGCCUCUUACGGCUCAAUGGAGAUAUAUGCAUGAAGCCGACCCCAAGAGUCGAGAACAGAGACUUGUCGAAGUUCUACAGAACCCCAAGGAAUGGGUGUAA